UCUGUAUCUCAACCAGUAUAAAGGAAAAUAAAAUAAAAUAAAAUAAAUACACAAAAAAAAAAAAAAAAAAAAAAAAAAGAGAUGGGUUCCAAUGCGAUUCAAGCUGCAUUGAUUUUUUUCUAUGUGACAUAUCUUGUAGCAACAAUACAGGGCGUUGAAGUUAACGUUAAAACAUCUGGUGCAAAAGGUGAUGACGAUGGCGAUGAUACUGCGGCUUUUAAGAAAGCUUGGGAUGAGGUAUGCAAAGCGACAGAGCCGAGCACGCUCAAGGUUCCGGAAGGCAAGUAUAGGUUGGGUCAGAUUGGGUUUCUAGGUCCUUGUAAGAGUGCCGUAACAUUUGAUGCGGAAGGUGCCAAAUUGAUCGCGCCAACCGAUCUCAGUCAGUUCAAAACAAAAGAUGGAUGGAUUUUGUUCAGCAUGAUUAAAGACUUUACGCUCUCCGGCGGUACAUAUAACGGCCAAGGUUCCGCCGCCUGGAAGAUAAACAAGUGUAAGGAGAAUAUGAAUAAUCCCCUUUGUAAAAACCUCCCCAUUAACAUGAACUUGGGUACGUUGACGAACGCGGUGGUGAAAGGAAUAAAGUCUGUGGACAGCAAGUUUUUCCACAUGAAUGUGAUACAAUGCAAGAACCUGACGUUGAAUAAAAUCAAAAUCCGUGCGCCGGCGGACAGCGCAAACACCGACGGAAUCCACAUCGGGCGUUCCGAAGGGGUUACGGUGGACGAUGCCGAAAUUAAGACCGGCGAUGACUGUAUCUCCUUCGGGGAUGGCGCCAAGAAGGUGACCAUCGAAAAUGUGAAGUGCGGCCCCGGCCACGGAAUCGCUAUCGGAAGUUUAGGAAGAUACCCUAACGAACAACCGGUGGAGGACGUGUCCAUCAAAAACUGCAAACUCAUCAAUACUAUGUUCGGAGUUAGGAUCAAGACGUGGCCGGCAUCUCCAGAGGGCGUCGCCACCCGCAUGCACUUCGAAGAUGUGAGGAUGGACAACGUGAGCACCCCAAUUUUGAUCGAUCAACAAUACUGCCCCUGGAAUCAAUGCAAGGCUGGCGUCCCGUCGAAAGUAAAGAUCAGUGACGUUAGCUUCAAGGAAAUAAAGGGGACGUCGGCGACGAAGGUGGCAGUGAAGUUACUAUGCAGCCCUGGAGUACCGUGUGAAAAAGUAGAGAUGUCCGGGGUGAACUUGGAAUACCAUGGAACCAAUGGCAGCGCCAUAUCGGAAUGUUGCAACGUGAAGCCAACACUCUCUGGCAAAAACGUCCCUCCAAUUUGUGAUGACGCUAAAGCUUCUGCGUAAGCACGUCUCCAAGAAGAAGUAUUAGACUUUAUUUAAUUUGUAAAUAAACAACUUAGAUCUGUCAGUGUGGACUUAUGUAUAGAUAUGGAUGCACCAGAUCAGAUAACCCACAACUGAUAAGGUGAAAUUUGUUAUGCUACUAUUUAUCAAUAGUACCAUACAUUUUUUUUCAAUUUCAAUUCUUUCCUACUUUAUAUUUCAA